GCGUUUUGUGUGGAAUCUCUUCAAGGUCACGGUUGACGCAAAACAGCGAUUAUUGACGCAAAGCUUUGCAUCGUUAAACUUACUGUUUCUCCGAACACCACUUGGCACCACGACGAGGUACCCGCGUGUUAUAUUAAUUCAAGGCUGAAUUUCAACGAUAGGGUUUCAUUUGGUAACAAACAAACGCAUUCACUUUUUGCGUGUUAGUUGGGACGAUGUCUUGCAUUGGACCGAUGUCUAGGGCAGAUUUGGUGCUAUUGUGUGUUUUGGCUAGCGUCUACACAUCCUACAGCUUGGACUUUGUAGAGAAAAAUGGCUUGAAACUUAACGGCUCAAACGUCUGUAGGGAAGACAUUUCAAGGACUUCUACUUCCUUUCAGCGCAAAAAAGUGGUGAUUUAUUACUAUACCAGAAUUUGUGAAUGGUUUGGGAUAUGCUAUUUGAAAUCAAUACCUGUGACGAAGGAGGUGACCGUUCCUGAUAUAAAGUACGAAUGGGGAGAGAAGCUCUACUGUUGCACGGGAUGGGCCAAACGGUCAGAAGAAGACGGGGAUUGCUUAAAACCGAUCUGUACGAUGGACUGCGAUCAUGGCCAGUGUGUUGGUCCUGACAGGUGUGAAUGUGAUAAUGGUUGGACGGGAUACAUUUGCGAAAGGGACGUCAACGAAUGUUACCAAGACAACGGCAAGUGCGAGCAAGGUUGCAUAAACACUUAUGGUUCUUUUCACUGCGGAUGCUGGAGAGGUUACAAAGUCAACCCUUCAAACGCCUCGAAAUGCCUUGAUGUUGACGAAUGUGCAAAGACACCAUCACCUUGUCGAUGCGUUCAAGAACACCCACAAUGCAAAGCGAUGUGUAUUAAUACCAUUGGAAGUUAUAAGUGCGCAUGUCAUCCUGGAUUUCGACUGACCAGUCAGAACGAGUGCAUUGAUUUGGACGAGUGCCUGUCCGGUUUUACCAACAAAUGCGCUCAGGAGUGUAUCAACACGGUCGGGGCGUACAAGUGCGCCUGCUUCAAGGGAUAUCAGGGGACCACCGACGACAACAUUGAGUGUCAAGAUGUUGACGAAUGCCAAAAUAACAAUGGCGGGUGUGAGCAAAAUUGUGUCAACAUUCCGGGGAGCUACCGCUGUAACUGCAACCUGGGCUUUACUCUUCACUUUAACGGCAGGAAUUGUACAGCCGAAUCUUAGACAGGUGUCAAAAACAAACUGUGUUACACAGCAAAGAGAAGCAUAGUUCACCUCUACUUCUGAAGAGCGUCAUAGAUUGUUUAAGAAUACUCAACAUAAAAUAAAUGAUUUGCACAAAUCAUUUAUUCCACAAAUCAUGAUACAAGAACAAUACAAGAACGAAAAAAAACUGAGAUAAAUUAAGGCUUUAGAGAGGCUGUUAUAGCUGAACAAAUACAAGAACGUUACUUAGCGAAUAAAAAGCGAAUGUAAUAGUUCAGGGGCUGAGAGGAUGUGUUUCGCUUGUACGCCACCCCCCCCCCCCCCCCCCCCCCACAGCCACCCAGCCCUAGGGACCGAUCAUUGAUAUCUGACGAGGAGGUAAUAGAUAAUUUCCCUGCUCGAUAUUUCCUCUCAUCAACCUCGCUAAGCCCUUUAGCAAGGCAUACUUGCUAUUUUUUCGAGAGAUUUUGGCUUGCAUGAUUCCGUAUCCCGUAUCCCUUAAUCAUAAACCCUCACCUUUAAAAUUCUUUUACAGUUCUUGUGAAUAAUAGAAAGUUCAUUGUUGAGAUAUUGUUUUUUGUUUUGUUUUGUUUUGUUUUGUUUACUAAAAGGAACAAUGGAAUUGACAGAAAGAGUUUCAAGGAAAAUUUUAAUUUAAUUAAAAUUAAUUAAUAUAAUAAAGUUUGAAAUUAAAUUAAAAUGGUUUAGUUAGUUAUAAGUUCGGAUCUGUCAUCCUUAGACCUAGCGUUGUGCCGGAGAAAACUACAUUACAGAAUCAUAUGUGUGUGUCUAUGUACUAUGAUAUAAAACAUUUGAGUAGGAAUAAAAUAGUAUAAAAUAUCACA